AGAAACAGCGCUGCUCUACAACAACAACAACACGCGCUUGAGUGAAGGUCCGCCGAUGGCAAACAGUGAUGUUUACUUCUCAUAACUACUGUCGUGCGUUAUUUCUUUGGCAUUGACUGCACUUCUGCAUUUAAAUCAAUUUCAGCACAUCUUUUUAUUGACAGAGAUAUUUCUCCAUCAGCAAUCAUCUUCAGCUGACGUUCAUCUCUCUAAUCAAAAAUGAGCAGCACAAAAACAUUUGGAUUCAGCAGUUACUCUUUACCUGAUCGAGUGAUGCCGGUGGAUCUUGCCAUGCAUGCGCAGAUUAGCACACCGGUGUCUCUGCUCCUUGGCAUGUCUGCUCUCAGGUGCUCUUCACCCAACGUGUCUUCACCAGAGCUUCAACUAGCCAGACUUUCACCCCCUUCACCUACAUCUUCACUAUCUUCAUCCAGCUCUGCCAGCUCCCUGUCCUCAUACUCUCCUAGCACCGGCACGCUACGCAAGAAGAAGCGAGUUGUGUUCGCUGAUGCUAAAGGUCUCGCUCUCACAUCCGUGCGCAUCUUCACCACUGACCCUUCAGAGACGGAAACGGAAGACGCCCCGCAGCCUGAGGAGCACGAAAAGCUUAGAACGCCCAUGCAGAGCGUGAUACCGCGACUUAAGCUUGGUUUUCCACAGCCUGUUGCAGACCGUGCAAGAUUGAAGGAAACCUUAGUGCAGUUGGAGAGCUGUAGCCUGAGCGAAAAGGUGUUGAGCGGGACCGUACGGGUCUACAACAUUAAGUUCAACAAGACUGUCUUUAUCCGCAUAACUUUUGACUCAUGGCGAAGUCAUAAAGACAUUGCAUGCACUUAUGUGAGGGAACCAAAUGCAACUUCAGAGACUGACUUGUUUUCUUUUAAUGUGUCGCUACCGUCUAAUCUGGACCCGAAGGAGCGCCUGGAGUUCGUAGUGGUGUUCCGACCCGGCAGUAGCAACUUGCAUCUCGUGGACAACAACAAAGGUAAAAACUACCACAUUCAUGUGGAAAACGUGGUCCCGGAACCUCGGCUGGUGACGACAAGCAGGACAACCUUCAUUAUACCAAGUCCUCAGCGUCUUUCUGUUUGGCCUGGGGUCAAAGGUCAUGAAAUACAUAGGAUGAGACACCUGGCAUGCAAAGGCCCACCCUACACGGACCGUCUGAUAAACAGGACCUGGGGAAGAAUGGCGAAUGUUACUCCGUUGUGUUAAGAUGAGACUGAGACACGUUUGCGGUCCACAUUUCUACUUGAUUUCACUGCGGAUUCUAAGAAGUGCAAAAUGGGGUGACUUUAUGCGCCCCUGUGUUGUACAUUAUACUUGAAUGGACGCAGUGCUUGCUGGUUUGCACAUGCUGCUGAAGCAGUGAAAUGUGAAUGUUUACUAUGAUUUGUACAUCUAAAUAUGUUUGAAUUGGAUGUAGUUUGCACAUUAUACAUUGCUUAUACAGUUAAAAUAUAUGUUUUAUGGGAAACUUGCUUUCCCUAUCAUCUGCCUUUUUUGUUGUCUGAACAGGUAAACUGACAUGUAAAAGUAGUGUAAAUGAAUCCUCUGUAUGUAUGUGUAUAUGAUAAUGUAUUUAUUUUGAGCUCUUUUAUUAAAAGAACCUGUUUUCCGUGAA